UGUGUUUCCCUUUAUCACAUCGCCGGUCUUGACGAGGAUAAAAGCUCUUCAAGGCCACUACUCUGUGUUAAUAGUGAGAAUAUCACAGUGGCUGAGGAUGAAACUGCUGCUUUUGACGGUUCUUCUGAGCCCGUUCAUCAUAAUUGGGCUGAUGCUCUUGGCCAGUAACCAUAGAACUACUCUUGUGAGACACUAUAACCAUUGGAAACUCCAGUUCCUCCGAGCAGAAGAGAGGUUGUGUGGUGGCCACCUUAUAUCAGCAGCUAGAUUUGCUCUGUCGUGGUGUGUGCCUGUGUUGUACGCCACGCUGUUCAUAGUGUUGGUUACUAUCUUCUUCAGGCAUACAUACCACAAGGUCCCAGAUCCACACCCAGUGCUGUACACAGCACUGCUGGCAGCAUUGGCAGUGACUUUUAUCCUUGCGGUGUUCAAGCCACCUAUAUAUCAUUCACCUCUCCAUCCACAUGUGUGGAGACAUGACAAUCUGAUCUUCUUCCCCAGCGAGUGUGCCACCUGCGGCUUCCAGAGACCUCCAAGGUCACGGCACUGUCGAUACUGUGGCCACUGUAUGGUGCUGUACGACCACCAUUGUAUUUGGUUGAAUAACUGUGUUGGAUUGGGCAAUUACCAGUGGUUCUAUUCGUUUCUGCUAAUGAACGUUAUCGAUAUGACAUAUGGACUCGUCAUCGUCGGAGCUGUGCUCUACGACGAAUGGCAGGGCUGGCAUCGCCUGGAGAGCUGUAAGGUGGAAAUGGCUCUAUGCUUCUUAUUGGCGAGUUUUGACGUUCUGGUGAUUUGGUUUACACAUGUCCAGUACGUGCUCGUCAGGGAUGGAAUGACAACGACAGAGUUGACGAAAUGGGAAUUGAUCCACGAUCUGGUACAUUCGAAGACGCUUUAUGAAUUGAAUGGCGUCUACUUUGAAUACUUGGCUGAUGAGGAUGUGUUCGUCAGUGUCAACCAGAGGGAUAACACCAUACGGCACGUCAAUAGAAACUCACUGAAACAAGUUACAGACAUAAAGGACAUCGUCAACAUCUACGACUUGGGCUCAUUGAAGAGAAACUUUAGAGAGAGGCUAUAUACCGAGCCUUUUCAAUAGUAGUGGAUUGAUUUCAACUUUCACCACUGUUCUCUCAUUGUGCUGUUGUGGUGAGUGUAGCGUUUCACCUGUAGUGUUUGAUGUAGUGAAUCUCCCCUGUAAUAUUGUCGAUGCUGCAUGCUUAGACAACGGCAAAGGACCCUUGGACAAGCUGUACUUCCCUAUAUAGUUGACCUCUGCUAUGAACGGCGUUGUGGCACGUUGAAUGGAUUUGCAAAACCCCUUGAAUGUGGCAUCAGUGGGAGGUUGUGCCGGCUUCGUAUUCACCAAUCCCCUUUGGAACUUCACCUUUGAGUCCAUCUUCUUCAGUUUGAACGUUAGUGGCUCCAGCUCUCCUUCUGGAGGC